UUAGGGCGCCCCACUGAUGCCCUAAACCAACCAAAGAGGAGUCGACGGAGAAUCUUCAUCUUCCCGACUCUGCGCCUGUGUGAUUGCCGCCAUUAUUGCUCUAUUUUUAUACGUCGCUUAUAAUAUAUAACCGUUUUUUUACCUAGCUCACAAUUCAUAACCAUUUUAUAUAUGCUCUUUUUUGCGAUGGCGACGACGGCAAUGGCAACGGCGACCGUAAACCUGCCUCCUUCUUCCUCUUUCAUGUCUUCAACACCUGAUAGCCUCACGUCUUCCGGCAACACGGUCACCGAUAUUUUAUUCCACUGCCAAUUACCUAGACCACCACUCCGCCUUCGUCUCUCUUCUACCAGUACCCGCUGCAGCUAUGACGACAAAGCUACGGACUCUGAUUCCAUCGUUACUGCCUUUCCGCCCAACGGUUUUGCAUUCCCCUCUAUUGAUAACAAUUGGAGGCUGACUCGGGUUAAUUUAAAUUCUCAAAGGAAAACGAAGAUCAUCUGUACUAUUGGCCCUUCAAGUAGCUCGCGCGAUAUGAUCUGGAAACUGGCUGAAGCUGGAAUGAAUGUGGCUCGCUUAAAUAUGUCUCAUGGUGAUCAUGCAUCACACCAAAAAAACUAUAGAUCUGGUCAAAGAAUACAAUGCACAAUUUGAGGACAGAGUUGUUGCCAUAAUGUUAGAUACCAAGGGCCCUGAGGUUAGAAGUGGGGAUGUUCCACAGCCGAUCCUUCUCAAGGAGGGACAAGAGUUCAAUUUUACAAUCAAAAGAGGAGUCAGUACAGCUGACACAGUUAGUGUUAAUUAUGAUGACUUCAUAAAUGAUGUUGCUGUUGGAGAUAUUAUACUGGUUGAUGGUGGAAUGAUGUCUUUUGCUGUGAAAUCAAAGACAGAAAAUUUGGUAAAAUGUGAAGUAGUUGAUGGUGGAGAACUGAAGUCAAGGCGUCAUCUGAAUGUGCGCGGGAAAAGUGCGACACUCCCUUCAAUAACAGACAAAGACUGGGAAGACAUUAAGUUCGGUGUGGAUAACCAAGUUGAUUUCUAUGCUGUCUUUGUCAAAGAUGCCAAGGUUGUCCUUGAACUAAAAGAUUAUCUCAAACGUUGCAGUGCAGAUAUUAGUGCAAUAGUAAAGAUUGAAAGUGCUGAUUCCAUACCAAAUCUUCAUUCUAUCAUUUCUGCAUCUGAUGGGGCAAUGGUAGCUCGUGGUGAUCUUGGAGCUGAACUCCCGAUUGAGGAAGUUCCCUUGUUACAGGAGGAAAUCAUAAGAAGGUGUAGAAGCAUGCAAAAACCAGUUAUAGUAGCUACAAAUAUGCUAGAGAGUAUGAUUGAUCACCCAACACCAACAAGAGCUGAGGUUUCUGACAUUGCGAUUGCAGUACGAGAAGGUGCGGAUGCGAUAAUGCUUUCAGGAGAAACAGCUCAUGGGAAAUUUCCAUUGAAGGCAGUUAAGGUGAUGCAUACUGUGGCCCUGAGGACUGAAUCAAGCUUACCAUUUACCAGCAGCUUACUAAGUGGAGCUGCUGCUUAUAAGAUCCUCAUGAGUGAUAGGUUUGCCCUUCAUGCCACCGAAAUGGCCAACUCUCUGGGUACACCAAUCAUAGUUUUCACAAGAACAGGUUCUAUGGCAAUAGCUUUGAGUCAUUAUCGACCAUCUUCAACAAUAUUUGCUUUUACAAAUGUUGAAAGGGUGAAGCAGCGUCUGUCCCUUUAUCACGGCGCAAUGCCCAUACAUAUGGAGUUUACAGAUGAUAUUGAGGAGACCUUCUCUCAAGCUCUGAAGCUUCUAUUGAACAAGGGUCUUGUGGCUGAAGGGCAGUAUGUAACUCUGGUCCAAAGUGGAGCACAACCAAUUUGGCGACGAGAAUCCACGCAUCAUAUUCAAGUACGCAAAGUGCAGAGUUGAUGCACGGAUAAGAGGGAAAUGAAGCUUCUGCUGUGUAGAGAUAUCGCUAGAUAAUAAAUCUUCAGUUGAGCCAAAAUCGGGGUAAAUAUGUUUGAAUUUACUCUUACUAUAGUAAUAAAUCACAUUGUCACUGUUUUACAACGUUAAUGUUAUUGCUUGCAAGCUAUGAUAUAUGCAUUUAUAGAAGGGUGAUUGGUGUUA